AUGGUACUAUGUGCACGGCUCUUGGAAGUUCACAGCCUUGCUGUACUCAUCCAGCUUUGGAGAAAAGGGGAUAUUUCGGUAACCACAGCUGUUGGACGUUCACAACUUUGCUGUACUUGUCCAGAUUUGGAGCAAAAGGGACAUUUCGGAGUCGCCCCGCUGGAUAAACCAGGAUGUUCGUGGAUGGGGGACGGGGCAUGA